CACCAAUCAACGGAAAGAGCCGAAGAUGUUGGCUCGGUCAUGAGACCAGCUGUGUCCAAUCACAGCUGAUCACUGAUCAUCAGGGCACUGAUGAUCAGUGUAGCCCCAGCAGUGCCACCUGUCAGUGUCCAUCAGUGCCAGCUCUCAGUGCUCAUCAAUGACACCUGCCAGUGCCCAUCAGUGCCUCGUCAAUGUUACAUAUGAGUGCCUACCAGUGCACAUCAAUGCCACAUAUCAGUGCCCGUCUGAGCUGUCUUUCAGUGUCACCUAUCAGUGCCAGUCAGUGCCACCUAUUAGUGCUGCCAAUCAGUGCCGCCUAUCAGUGCCAGUCAGUGCCGCCUAUCAG